UGUUGGAUGCGUUGUGUGUGUGAGAGUGUAUGCACAGGGGAGGAGGGCACCAAUCCUCCCAAACUCCUACACAAGCGCCUCCAACACCUAAUCAUUAAAACACACACGCACCCUAUCUCCACGGAUACUAAACUUAUACACAACACCGCGUCCAUCGAAGCAUCGGGCUUGAACAUCAUCACACACCACGCGUUUUUCCGUGGAAUGAGCAUUCCAUGCAGCAUCUUAGGUAUGAAUGACGUGGCCUGGCAGGAGACGCGAGGCGGGAUGCUGCACACAAAUGGUGUGCCAGAGACCGGAGGGGUGAGAGUCCAUGCGGGGGCUUCACUAGCCUCAGUGGGUGGUGCUGGGCAGGGACCUGGAGGAGCUCACCCUCUGCCAGGGAUGGACCGGGUGGCAAAUCCCAAUCCCGGCACCCCACAGCCUCCACUGAGCGGUCGUUCCCAAGAUGAUGCCACUGUGGGCUAUUUUUUUCAAAGGCAGCCUGGGGAGCAGUUGGGUGGCUGCACUGCAAGCAAACACCGCUGGCCCACUGGUGAUGGAAACCAUGUUGACCAGGUGCGCACUGUGGAUGAGAUGAAUUAUGAUUUUCAAGCCUUGGCUCUGGAGUCUCGUGGAAUGGGUGAGCUUCUUCCUGCAAAAAAAUUGUGGGAAUCAGAUGAAUUGGCAAAAGAUGCACGUAAAGGGAUGUUGCUGGGUGAAGAAUGGAGAGAGAAUGCCUGGGGUUCUUCCCAUCAUUCUGUCUCUCAGCCCAUUAUGGUGCAAAGACGACCAGGCCAGAGCUACAACGGGAACGGAGAUGCAAGCUCAAUACUGUCCCCGCGCUCAGAGGGGGGUGGUCUGGGUGUGAGUAUGGUGGAGUAUGUCCUCAGCUCUUCCCCUGGAGACAAGAUGGAUGGUCGCUACAGAAACGGAGGCUAUGGUGGAGCAGAUGCAGAUCCAGAUGGCAGGGAGAAAGGUGAUUCAAAAGAAAAGACUUCUCCAUUUGAAGAAGACAAAAGUCCUGAGAUGACAGUCGGAGAUGAAGGGGAUGCCGUAAAAGCAAAUUCCAGAGGAUUGCUGAAUGGGAUGGAUCGCGACAGUAAAGACUUCAACCCUACCCCAGGUAGUCGCCAGGCAUCCCCCACAGAGGCAGUAGAACGGUUGGGGCACAGUCAGGCCGGGUUGGAAAUGAUGGCACAGCACCACCCGCAUGCUCUGCAGCCACCCAACCCUGUCACAAACAAACCUCCCACUGAGGACUUCCAGAGCCAGGAAGCCCAGAGCAUGGGCGGCAUGGGGGGCAUGGAGCAUCAGGUGGGCAUGGAGUCACUCCAAUUUGACUAUGCUGGGAACCAGAUCCAGGUGGACUCAUCUGGUGCUCCAGUUGGCCUGUUUGACUACAACUCCCAACAGCAGUUGUUCCAGAGAUCCAGUCAUCUCACAGUUCAGCAGUUGACUGCAGCACAGCAGCAACAGUACGCCCUUGCUGCAGCCCAACAGCAACACCUUGGCCUUGCACCUGCAUUUGUGCCAAACCCUUACAUCAUUAAUGCUGCCCCUCCUGGAGCAGACCCUUACACCGCUGCAGGAUUGGCAGCAGCUGCCACACUUGCAGGUCCAGCUGUAGUCCCUCCUCAGUACUAUGGAGUCCCGUGGGGUGUGUAUCCGGCCAACCUCUUCCAACAACAGGCUGCAGCUGCUGCCAGUCAUUCUGCCAACCAGCAGGCAUCCAAUCAGGGUCCAGGACCGGGACAACAGGUGAUGCGUGCAGGGACCAAUCAGCGACCUUUGACCCCUGGCCAGAGCCAGCAGAGUCAGCAGGAAUCCCUUGCUGCAGCCGCCGCAAACCCAGCGCUGGCCUUCACAGGCAUGACAGGUUACCAAGUUCUAGCACCAGCUGCUUACUAUGAUCCGACUGGAGCGCUGGUUAUGGGUCCUGGAGCUCGGGGUGGACCUGUCCGACUGGUCCAAACCCCUCUCCUCAUCAACCCAGCAGCUGCACAAGCUGCUGCUGCUGCAUCUGCAUCAGGCUCUGGUAACAGCAUGUCUGGUCCUGCUAAUGGUCUGUACCGGUCCAUGGGCUGCCAACAGCCCCAGCAGCCUCAACCUCAGCAGCAGCCACCUCCACCCUCUAGUGGCCUGCCCUCCAACUCCUUCUAUGGCUCUGGUUCAGUGGCUCCCAGCUCCCAGAGCAGCUCGCUAUUCUCUCAUACAAGCGCGGCUCCUCCUAGCACCUCUCUGGGUUUCAGCAGCACUGGUGGAUCUCUAGGUGUUGGGCUGGGAUCUGCACUCGGUGCCUUUGGCUCCUCAGUAUCAAGUUCCACUAGCAGCAGCAUAACCCGUCGGGACUCCCUUUUGGCCAGCUCUGACCUGUAUAAGCGUGGUGGUGGUAGCAGCUUGACGCCCAUUGGCCAAUCUUUUUACAACAGCCUAGGAUACUCUUCCUCCCCAAGCCCCAUUGGACUGACGCCUGGUCACUCCCCUCUUACACCUCCACCCUCUCUGCCCUCCUCCCAUGGGUCCUCAUCCAGCCUCCAUCUGGGUGGUCUGACUAAUGGCAGUGGCCGUUAUAUUUCGGCUGCACCAGGAGCAGAAGCCAAAUACAGGAGUUCGGGCAGUACCUCCAGUCUUUUCAGCUCUAGCAGUCAGCUCUUUCCCCCACCACGAGCCCGCUACAGCCGCUCGGAUGUCAUGCCUUCGGGACGUAGCCGCUUAUUAGAGGACUUCCGGAAUAAUCGCUUUCCCAACCUGCAGCUGCGAGACCUGCCUGGUCACAUGGUGGAAUUCUCUCAAGACCAGCACGGAUCCAGAUUUAUUCAGCAAAAGUUGGAGCGUGCAACUCCUGCAGAGAGGCAGAUGGUGUUUGGGGAGAUCCUACAGGCUGCUUACCAACUCAUGACCGAUGUCUUUGGGAACUAUGUCAUACAGAAGUUCUUUGAGUUCGGCAGUGUGGAUCAGAAACUGGCACUUGCGACUCGUAUCCGUGGCCAUGUGUUGCCACUGGCUCUGCAGAUGUACGGUUGUCGUGUGAUUCAAAAAGCUCUGGAAUCCAUCUCUUCUGACCAGCAGGUAAUUAGUGACAUCGUACGGGAGUUGGAUGGCCAUGUGCUGAAAUGUGUGAAGGAUCAGAAUGGAAAUCAUGUGGUGCAGAAAUGCAUUGAGUGUGUCCAGCCCCAGGCUCUUCAGUUCAUCAUUGAUGCCUUCCAGGGACAGGUGUUUGUUUUGUCCACUCAUCCGUAUGGCUGCAGGGUGAUCCAGCGUAUCCUGGAGCACUGUACCCAGGAGCAGACCCUGCCCAUCCUGGAAGAACUCCACCAGCACUCUGAGCAGCUGGGACAGAAGUAUCAAGGCGUUUCAUUGGAGAUGACCCCCAAAACAUAUUAUACAGUGUCCAGCGAUGCACUGUUCAAGGAUCAGUAUGGUAACUACGUGAUCCAGCAUGUUUUAGAGCAUGGGCGUCUAGAAGACAAGAGCAAGAUAGUGGCGGAGGUCAGAGGGAAGGUUCUGGCUCUGAGUCAGCAUAAAUUUGCAAGUAAUGUUGUUGAGAAGUGUGUGAUUCAUUCGUCCCGUGCGGAGAGGGCCCUGCUGAUCGAUGAAGUCUGCUGUCAGAAAGAUGGCCCUCACAGUGCCCUCUACACCAUGAUGAAGGACCAGUAUGCAAAUUAUGUAGUGCAAAGAAUGAUUGACAUGGCAGAACCUGCCCAGCGCAAGAUCAUCAUGCACAAGAUUCGGCCCCAUAUUGCCACUCUCCGUAAAUACACAUAUGGAAAACACAUCCUGGCUAAGUUGGAGAAGUACUACAUGAAGAGUGGAUCAGACCUAGGCCCUAUUGGGGGCCCCGCCAACGGCCUAAUGUAAGGGCCUCACACCCAAACCACACCCCUUUCCCUCAAAACCAUGUCUGUUAUGGGCAUCUGCUCCACCGUGGAGUUCAUACCCUUUAGGGAUUUUACCAAAAAAAUAAAAGGAAAAGAAGUAGGCUUCACCGAAGAAUGCUGAAACGUCUGACCAGUCCCUGGUGCAGUGCCCAUUAUUACCUCCACCACCCCCCACUAGAGAGUGCACGGUCUGUAAGCUGUUUCCUGGGUAAAGCACAACACCUUUGUUUAUGAUGUAAUUGAUGUGACUGACUGUUUCCUUUUUUCUUUUCUAGUAAAUAUCUUGUACAUUUUUUACCUUGUACAUUCUCUGAAAAAGAAAUGUUUGCUGAAAAUGUAAAGUUCUUACAAUUUACACCAGCAAGUGACUUUAUAAGGCCAAACUGAGUGAUCCUUUUUAAUUACUUUCUUUUUUUUAUUUUUAUUUUUUAUAUCCACAUUUAAGAAGUGUGGUACAUU